CUUUAUUAUUUGGAAGAGAGGGGGAGAUGGAGAGAGAGAGAUGGAGAGAGAGAGAGAGAUGCGAUUUGUCCUGUGCAUAUUCUACUCUGUCCUGUCUCUGAACACCGGCACACUCACACCGCAGGAAAGAAACUCCAUAAAGGGCGAUCAAGCCUUCAUGGGAAACUGAGUGAAGAUUUUUUUUUGUCAGAAGAAGGAGAUACUGUGGAAGAAAAGAAAUAGGGGCCGUGUGACUGACACCUGCCCUCCAGCACUGGUGAAGGACGGGUAAUGGAGGAGUAAAGACAGGUUGUACAAGGAGAGAGGUGCUGAUGAAAGAAUGAAGACAACCAGAAAACAAGCAUACCCUUCUAUUUACUGUCACUUCAAUUAAUAAAGCACAGUUUGCGAUCACUCAACAUGCCUGACCGAAGACUUCUGCUACUGAUGUCCCUCUGCCUAUGGGAGGGGAUUGUAAGGGCAGAGCCAGUCACAAAGGUUGUGAGAAGGAGAGGACUGAGUCCAGUUCACUCGCAAUUGCACGGGGUGACCAAUCAGUGGGACCAACCAAGUUUGGAGAAGAGUGGAGUGCCACUAGUUAGGCUAAAGGAACUGAUUAGUGCUGACAAAGUGGAUGAUAAGUUUGUAGGUCACUCUGAAGCUGAGCAGACCAAUGAAGCUCUUUUAGUCACAAACCAGGAAGAACUGCAUGACUUUAAUGCUAAAUAUUCUCAGCAGGAGAAUGAGGACUCCACUAAAAUGGACUCAAGGGUACUCAAAGCAGUUGAUAGUACCAGAGAUUUGCUUGAGACCCGCAGGUUAAAGAAUAACACUAAAAACGCUGAAAUCCUGAAACGUGGAAGAGUUGAUAAGGGAAUUCCAGUUCGCCGCAAAAUAGACUCCAGUUUGCACUUCAACAGAACCAGAUACAAAUCACAGCCGAGAUUUAGAGCGAGGCCAAGCCCUGGGCUUCUUAAUAAUGCCAUAGAUCCGAAGGGAGUGAUAUUGGAUUCGCCUCAUAAAUUAAACCUGACAGGAAACUUUGGCGUAUUGAAGCUUAUUUCUAAAGACAACCUUGUGCGAAUUGUAAAUUCCCAACUCCAGAAUGGUCUGACCUUCCAGAAUAAGAUUAGUCACAGUAGGAAGAGAGAUUUGAUCGAUAUGGAUCAUGGGCAACUGGAGGAACCCAAAAUAAAAAGACAAGACGGUUCUGUAUCUCCAGCUGUACAUGAAUCUGAUAAUCAUAACAAGACUUUAGGACUCUCUGUUGAGCCACAGUCAAGCACCAUCACGAAUCCUAAUGUCAGUCCAGUUCAUAUUUUCAGGAGGCCAGUUAGCAAUCUCAAUCCAAAUUCAAAAGAUGAAGAGAAGAAGACAGAGGCUGAGUCUAUAGCUACUGCGAAGAGCAAACACCACUUAACCCAUGUGGCAUCAACACCCCAAAGUGAACUCAUGGCCAACAUAGAGGCCAUUCCUUUUACUAGUCAUACCAAUAUCUCUGUGAUUGUGCAUGAAGGAACAUCACACGCACCUUCUCAGGCAGUCUCAGACAAGAGCUACUUUCUCGACUCACAGACUGAGAGAACCGUUAAGGAAUCAAGUCAAAACAUGUCUGCUCCAGGAAUGGAAAUUAAUGUCACUCAGGAACCGAUAAGUAAAGCUUCAGAUUUUGUCGAAGAUAGUCACAUUCUGCAACUGCGACCAAAUCCAGAUGGUGAAGGCAUGGACAAGGAGGAUGUUUGGGAGCCGUCGGUCACCUGGCCUCUGCAUGGUGGCCAUGGCCUCGUGUUCCAGGAGAUGGAGGAGGACGGAGGUAAAGGGUGGAGUCCAAAGGAAAGUGAUGGGUCUCGAUCGCGAAGCAGACGGAGUUGGAUCUGGAACCAGUUUUUUGUUAUUGAGGAGUACGCUGGUCCUGAACCUGUUCUCAUUGGAAGGCUUCACACUGACAUGGACAGAGGCGAUGGGCGCACCAAGUACGUGCUUCGAGGCGAAGGGGCGGGGUCGGUGUUUGUGAUUGAUGAAAAGACAGGCAACAUCCAUGUGACGAAGCCCUUGGACAGAGAGGAGAAGGACGAGUACCGGCUUAUCGCCACGGCAACAGACAGCCAGACAGAGCGUGCCCUGGAGCCCUCUUCCCAGUUCAUCAUCAGGGUGCAGGACAUCAACGACAACCCGCCUGUGUUUGAAGACGGGCCGUACAGCGCUACCGUCUCCGAGAUGGCCAACAUAGGCACUUCCAUUGUUCAAGUGACAGCGACUGAUGCUGAUGACCCCACCUAUGGGAACAGUGCUCGUCUGGUCUACACACUGGUGCAAGGCCAGCCUCAUUUCUCUGUGGACCCACAGACAGGAAUCUUGCGCACAGCAGUCCCUGAUUUGGACAGAGAAACUCAGGAUCAGUAUCUCGUAGUCCUCCAGGCUAAAGACAUGGGUGGCCAUCUUGGCGGACUUUCUGGAACCACCACAGUUACUGUGAAACUGACAGACGUCAAUGACAAUCCGCCCCAUUUUACCCAGAGCUCCUGGUUGUUCUCUGUGUCGGAGUUGGCGGCGCCAGGGGCGGAGGUGGGCCGGAUCUCAGCAACAGACGCUGACCUGGGAGAGAACGCCAGGCUGGAAUAUACCAUCCUGGAGGGGGAGUCUGGAGACACCUUCAGCAUUAAAGGAGUAAACCAGGAGGCCAUCAUCACCCUCAAUAAGGCUGUUGACUACGAGAGUCGGAGCUCAUAUUCCUUCUCUGUGGAAGUGAUGAACCCAACUGUUGACCCACGUUUCCUGCGCCGUGGCCCGUUUAAGGACCGUGCCUCUGUCCGAGUGGCCGUACUGGAUGCAGACGAACCGCCGCGAUUCUCCCGGGCCCGGUACCACAUGGAGGUGUCGGAGAACUGCCCUCCGGCAUGCACCGUUGGACGGGUUAGUGCCGUGGACCCAGACACAGGACUCAGCAGCAACAUCAGGUACUCCAUUGAUCCUCAGUCAGAUCCAGAGGCUUUGUUCCGCAUCACCCCAGACACUGGGCUUAUCACCACGACAACGGAGCUGGACCGCGAGCAUGAGCAGUGGCACAAUAUCACCAUCAUUGCCACACAAAGAGAUAACCCCAGCCAGGUUUCCAGAGUGCUGGUUGCCAUAGAGACGCUGGACCUGAAUGACAACGCUCCGGAGCUGGACCGACAGUACACGACAGCCAUGUGUGACUCCGCCUCCACUGGACAGGUGGUGCAAGUGUUGAGAGCAAUUGAUAGAGACGAGGGAGGGAACGACAGCACGGUCUACUUCAACAUCCCUGCAGAGUCCAGUGCCGCACUCAACUUCAGCAUUAGAGAGAGUGGAGGUCCCACCGCAAGCCUGGUCCUAGUCUCACCCUUACAGGCGCUCUCCCGCUCUUCCACGUCCUCUCUGACGCUCCAUGUUCCUCUGGUCCUCAGGGACGUAUCCUCGGGUCUGACGAGCACGGCGACCGUCACCGUGUCAGUGUGUCCCUGUCUGAGAGGAGGUGCACGAGCCGGGGAGAAGGAGAAGCAGAGUGAUGCGGAGUGGGAAAGGGAAACUGUGUGUCUACCCCAGCACUCCUCCCUGCCUUCUCCGGGUCUCAGCACAGCGGCCCUCCUGGCAAUUUUAGCAUGCGGGGCGACACUUUUGGCUGUCACUGCUCUCUCUCUGUCCCUGCGCAGACAAAAAAGGGACUCGCUUUCUCCUCUAGAGGAAGACGAUGUCAGGGAGAACAUCAUCACGUAUGACGACGAGGGAGGCGGUGAAGCCGACACCGCUGCUUUUGACAUCACGGCACUCCAGAGCGCCCCCCACAGUGCUCGCAGGGGAUACCGAACCCUAGACAGUAGGAACAUACGCCUCUCUCAGCGUGGCCAGGAUAAAUCACGGACAUACAGCAGCUGGGCCCAAUCAGGAGCUAUGGAUAGUGGGCAGUACCCCAGCCAGACUCCUCUAUAUGGUCGCCUGUGUUACAGCAGCCAGACCCUCCCUGUGCUACGGCGCUCGCAGGGUCCAUACGACCCUGGCCUGACUGAACUGGGAUAUCGCGUUUCCGGUGGCCAGCCGGAUCACUCCCUUGUAAUCCAUAACCAAGGUGCAAUGGUGGGGCCGCUGGAACCGGGAGCCUUGUACAUGGGGCCCAGUGAGGUGGGGAAUAGCUCUAGAGAGGGAACUGCGUCCCAGGAUGGAGCCACUGCGUCUGAAGAAGGAACGCCACAGAAAAAUGAUACCAAGGAAGAUUCGGGCAGUGACGCCCAGCAGAGCCAGGAUCUUAACUGGGUGCAGUCAGAUUCUGCUCCACGGGAACUGGUGCUGACUCGCUCAGGCUCACUGGCCAGGCCUGGAGCUUCAGGUGGCUGGGUGUGUGAUUCAGCCACACUGCCCAUGACGGGGCGGCGCUCCUCACGUGCUGGGCUCUCACCAAAAAAGAGUGCAGCUGGCUCCACAGAUGGCACAGAUGGAGCAAACAAUGCCAUGCAAUCUGUCAGCCGCAAUUACACCACCAUCCUGCAGGGGGAGCAGCAGAAGGACUACACGGGCAGCUUGAGCCGAGGAGGAUUGGAGAUGGGAAGUAGUUUUGUGGUAGCGAGGCCAGAAGGGGGGAUUCCACUGUGCGUCCCGGAGAGCACAGGGUUCGUGGCUGACUGGCGGGAACGGGUAGGGGCUUACAGCUUGGGCAGGAGAGAUAUGAUGCCCCAGCUGCUGCCCUACCCUGGGCAGGGUCGAGGGGCAUUUGGAGGGAUCCUGGGAUAUGGAGGAGCUUGGCCUACAGUGCCUGAAGCUGCAGGAAGGGGCAUGCAAGGAGGAGGUGGCCAGUCCCUGGCCUUGAGAGUUGGCGAGUUCCUAAGGCUACGUCUGGCGCAGGUGACCUUUGAUCCGACGCAGCCGCCGUAUGACUCGGUGCAAGUGUAUGGCCUUGAAGGCACAGGGUCACGGGCUGGCUCGCUCAGCUCCCUGGAGAGCGAAGGAGAGAAGGAGUCCAACAAGGAGGAGUGGGGUGGUGGGCUGGAGGAGUGGGGUCCACGUUUCCACAAACUAGCCCAACUCUUCCAAGAAAGGGAGAAAGAAAUGGAGGAUGAAAAGGAGAGCGAGACAGAGACACCCAGGAAUCGAAAUAAGGAGAAACAGGAGAAAGAUCAGCAGUCUGGAGAUGAGAGGAAAGACAAAGACUGAGAGCGGGAGUCGGGGAUGGUGUAAGGGUAUGGGGGGAUAAGUAAACGGCAAUCAAUACUAGAGUAAUAGGUAAAGAAGGAAAAGAAGAGAGAGCGCGCGCGAGAGAGAAAUAUAAAGGAAAAGUAAUUGGGAUGGACACACAAAACAAACAUAAGCUAAAUAGAGAGAAAGAGAGAGGAAGCUACAGAGUGAGUGAUUGAUGCAAUUUAAAGCAAUAUGUGUUAAAAAGCAGAACAGUGAACACAGAAGGAGAGACGGGGAACGCUUUGUUUCUCUUCAGAGUAUUCACCAUUCUCUAAGUGUUGCAGGCAGGGAGUGGGUAAAAAAUGCCCAUAGUACCUUUUCUAUUCACAGAUAGAUAGAUAGAGAGAGAGAGAGGGAGAGAGAGAUAGUGCAGAUGACUUAAAUUAUGUUUUUGGGGCAAUGUGCAAGACAAUACAACCGCCAGGGAGUCUGGAAGAAAGUAGGCUAUCAUACCACGACUGAUAAAUACAAAGGAAUACAAAAAGAUGAGAGAUAAAGAUUUGUACAGGAAGUGCUGGAGAGAAUUAGUCUGCUCAUGGUGUUGGCGAAAUGGUUAUCAUGAAAAUCGGCCUGCCCACACGUAUAGGCGUUUUUCCAAAAAAAAAAAAGAAAAAAAAGAAAAAGUGAAUCGUCUUACUUUCUUUUGAUGCCUUUUCAAUGCAAAACAUCUUGACUUGGAUUUCAAAUGGACUCACUUCAUACACAUGAAAGAAUUUCACGUUUGCAAAACUGGAUAUCAACUGCCAUAUUAGAAAUCUAAAGAACGACUGACAUGCAUUUAAAUGGGGAUACAGGUGUAAUGUGAUAUAGUGUCAGUGUUCUUUUGCUGGAUCUGUGUAAAGAAUAUGGGAAUUGCAGAAACUUUAUGCUUCAUUUCUUUUCAUUAUCCACUUUUUCGGUGAUUACUAGCACUUUUUAGCACAGCAGUUAUUUGCUGAUUACUUUCAAAGUAUUGACCAAUUCUAGAGCAAUUACCGAAGAGAAAUAUUCAGAUGUCAUGAAUUUUUAAUUGGCACAAUUACUCAAGAGAAAUCAGGAGCAGGACGCAAAGUCUCAGCUGGAAUGCACUUUUAUAUGUGAAGCUCAAUAAUAGAUAUGAUGAUACUGUUGUUGUUUUUCCAUAUAAAAAAAAAAAACAGUAUAAAUAUCAUGACAUUGUAUGUAAAUGUAAAUAUUGACUACCAUUGUGUAAAGUGAUUACUGAGUACUGAGUGAGUACCGUAGUAUUCAAAAUAACAACGUGAAAAGUAAUUUAAAAGAAAGCUAGAGGAGAUAAAAGAUUAAAAUGUCAUGUUGGAUUACAGCACUGAGGGAUGAAAUCACCUGCAGAGGAAUAAACUGAACCGAGUGGGCUUGUCUGGAUUAUUUGGGAUUAACUCUACUGUAGGGCAUCAAGCCUAACUGGAAUCCAGAACUGAUCCACCUGACGAUGCUGAAGUCAGAAAUAGUUUGCCCCACAACCAAUGAGUGUCUGUGGAUGUUUUGAAUGCCCACAAAUGUACAGAAUUUCAACCAAUCAUCUGAAGAUGGACACGUGGAUGUAGCCAUUUUUUCCAUAUUCUGUACAAGGGUGAACACACACACACACACACACACACACACACACACACACACACACACACACACACAGUGUUGCGUUGUGACAGAAUACAAGUAACAGCGUUACAUACUCAGAAUAUUUUAAAGAAACUCCUCCAAUGUUUACGUUUUAAUCAUUUUAAAAGCACUGAGCCACACUUUCUCGUUUAUACUGCGGUUAUAUCAGCCCCAGAUAACUCCCAGAGUCUGUGAGAAUUACCUAAAUUACCUUAUUGUGUGCAUGCUGAAACUUUCCUACAAGGUCACAAAGUGACUUAUGACACAGUAUUUGCAAUAAAUACCACUGUCAUACAGCCAUUUUAGGCAGCAAGGUGGUGCAGAGGGUAGCAGGUUGGUGUAUAUUCCCAUCUCAUGCACACCUCUGACCAAGAUAAAGCAGUUAAUGAAGAUGAAUGAAUAAAUGAGGCGAGUUGGAAGCCUGGUGCUGACUCCUAGGUAGUAGCAAUGUAGACUACCUGGAGCAGCAAGCCUUGAAGUAAUUCCCAUGAGGACGAGACACUCUUUAUAGACACUCCUCUUAGAGUGGCUCUUCAUGGGAAGGGCUGGACAUCUGGUCCACCUGUAGGCCAAGGUGAUGACAUUCACCACCCAGUGGCUCUGCAUAGACACAUUAGGCCACGUGUUUUCUUUUUCACGAAUCUUUGGGAUGGAUCCUCUGGCCUAAAUAGUACCAUAGGGUGUGUACACACAACAAGGAAUGCUCUACAGGCUCAGCUUCAUGGAAAGCUCCAAGUUGAAUUGACUGAUUUACAAAAUUGAGUGAUAUGACCGUGGGCAGAAAUCUUGGGUUCAACCACGAGGUGAUCCCUGAGUCAUCAGGCCACCAACACAUGCCAGGCGAACUAAUUGCCAGAGCAAGCAGUUCUCCCAUUAUUUUUGCUGAAGUAAUUGCUAGCAAAAUGCAGUUGUCAGAGACACCCAUUUCAGAACAGUGUCUUGCAUAGGAUCAUAAGGAGGGGCCUUAAGGGACUCCAGUACAAGGGGGAGAUCCCAAUCUAGGCUCUUAGGGAAAUGUGGAUGGAGGCACCACAACCCUUUCAGAAUGGCACAGAGAUGCCAUUCAAGCUGACAUGGCAGCCACAUAUACCUAUAGGGUCAGAUCUAGCAGUCCCUGGAGAAAAGGUAGUACUUGGGGAAACACUUGAUGCACCAGAUCCAUCUAAAUAGGUGUACACCAUUCACAGAAUAGCUUCCACCUAAGCAGAUUCAUACCCCGUGUACUAGGUGCUCUUGCAUUCAGGAAUGUUCCUGGACUGCUGGUUCACAGUCUUGUUUAGGAUCCGUCGCUGUAUGGGGCUUGAUCUACAAGAUGGAUGGGUGUCAACUCCCAGGCAAGGAAGAUUUGCAGGGUUGCAAACAUACACUUGGCAUCAUGUGUAAACCAGGUUGGUGGAGAGGCGGACUAUAUCCUGGCCUAGAUGUUCCACCACUAGGACCAAGGUGUUGACCAGCUUCCCCACAGAGUUUCAAUCUACAGACUUUCUGUGACAUUUCAGUGCUAGCAGUAAAACAGAUAAUGUAUUGCCAGUGUAUGCCACAUGUGAUACAAUAUCAUAAGUUCCCACUAGAACAUCAUUCAUUUAAUGCAUCUGCUGAGACCACAGGCAUGUGGCUCAGCCGGACCUGCAUGUGAUCCAUCAUAUUAGCUAAAUUGUGCGCCAUGGAUCUAUCUGUCCAAAUCCUUCUUCAAAGCUCUCAAUAAAAUCCUUGAAUUCCUUUACAAGCAGUGCUGUGCGAAAUGGUGCACUGAUGAUGUGGGUUGUGCGCCACUAUCUGAUCCCACUUGGGCCCCUGCCCUUUUAAGAUUGGCUGCCACCGUUAGUUUAGAGCAUGUCAGUGGAACCUGGGAGAAAUCCCAUUUUCGGAUGUUGCUGAGACCGAGAGCAAUAAAUAACGCAUCGUAUGGCUAAAAGGAAACCCACUUAACCACAAUAGCAGCAUUUAGACACACAUCUGUUUGUUAGCUGGACAGUGGGAGCUGAAACCAGCUAACCUGGAAGACUCAACAAUGUGUGGUAUGGUGAUGGAUGCCAACUCAACCACACUAGUCUGAUAUAGUCAAAUUCCUGCUGGCCGGUUAGAUGACAGGGGGGGGGUCAUGAAAUAUUCAGAGAUAGGAAGGAUUGAGGCGAUAGAGCCGAAGGAGAAUGAGACCCAGUGGGAAGACAAAACAGCAAACUUGUAGAGCUAACUAGUGAACAGCACAGCGAGCGAUGCCAAUAAGCCUAGCAAUACUAAUGAAGGAAAGCCAAUUUGUCACUAGUUGGCUCUAAGGAGUUCUGGUUUGUUUAACUAGAAAAACGCUCAUAAUGUAUAACACUAAUCUCACAAUGGCAGAACAGAUGAAAGGAGACUAUUGGCAGCUUUAUAGGAUAUCUGUAACUCUGAAAGUAGUUGCUAAGCAGAUAGCUCCAUAUGGUGUACACGUGCUCCAACAUGUCCAUGAGGCUGCCUUUAUUGCAAACACUGCAUCAUUUUUGCAAUGAGUGAUCGCAACAAUACCGCUCAAAAAGCUGGUUUUGGGUUUGUUUGGAAUAUUUUGAUGGAAACAAACCCCUUCCACGCCACUGUUUUUAGCAUCAGAUUAAUGAUACUUAUUACAUUCACCAUUAAAAAAGCAGAUGAUGAGGAAAACCAUAACUUAGUGACUCUGCAGAACAGUGUUCAUAGUAAAAUUGGAGAAUGAUGAUUCAAAAUGUAUUCGGAACAAGUUUCUUUUUUUAUAUAUUAUAAUGAAAUACAAUUUUGAAUAUAUUUAGGAAGCUGUAUUCAGUAUUCACCCAUUAAUACCUUCUCAGAGUAUUCUGACCAAACCUACACACACACACACACACACACACACACACACACACACACCUCCUCAAUGUCCUGCGUGAUCUGAUCAUUAAGUGGGACGUAUUGACUCAGAGCCACUGUGACUGGGCCAGACCAGAACUAGAUCCACUGUAUUAGUGUACAAUCAUGAUAACGGGUAGAGGAGGAGGCCGAGCCACUUCACCCCUCACGUUUUAUUCACCGAACACAUUUCAUCAGUUAAUUAUUAAAGCUUUGAGUUUUUCUGUUGAAUUCUGAGUAAACCAAGAACACUAGUAUUGCAGUUUCUCUCUAGAACCUACAUUUACAAAUGGUUUCAGUUCCUCUGCUCAUUAGAUGCGUGGAAAGCUGACACAAUGCAAUGCACUUAUAAACUAUACAGGAUUUCAUACAUUAGCAAUACAUUUGUAACUGAAUAUUCAUUUGUCAUUUUGACUAGCAUUGUGGUUGAGAAUGUUGGGGAUAUUUGCUUGAAGGCGCUCCAUGUCUCCAGCCACAAUGGCUCUGCCUCCUUUUUUUCACCAUUAUUGAUCCUGCUCUAUGCAGAGUAAUAUUGAAAUCUCACAAUGCCAUAUGAAAAAGUCUAUUUAUUAUAUUAUUCUGUUGUAUUUUCUCUUUUCUUUUUUGUAAAUUUGAAUAAAGACAUAUGUUUCGAGGUUUUGUGUGUGUGCUUAAAUAAAUAAUUUCUUAAAUAAAACCAUUUUUAA